GUUAGCGCCACUCACUCUGGGUGGCAGAGUGAGACUCCAUCUCAAAAAUAAAUAAAUAAAAUUUGCUGGAGGAUGUACAUAGUUAUAGCAAACACUAUGACACUUUAUAUAAGGAACUUGGGCAGCCAUGGAUUUUGGUAUGGGGGGUUCUAGAACCAAUUCCCCACAGGUUGUGGGGUACCAAAGGACAACUGAACUCAUCUGAUAAAUAUCUACUUGACAGGGUUAUGGUAGAGAUUAAAUGAAUAAAUACAUGUGAAGGGAUCAGGACAGUGCCUGGCACAUAGGAGGUGACCAAUAAGUUAGGUCCAUGAGUAUGAGUAUGUUUACGCAUCUGCACAUUAAUAUUAAGUGCCUGGCAAUACUGGGAGCUCAAACUGAUGGCAGGUAGUAUUAGGAAGCUGCACUUCCCCUUCCACAGGCUUGGGAAGAUUGCAUGCCAGCCAUAGAGCAGGCCAUUCUUAUUCCAAGUGGUUUGACUUGGCUGUUUGACUUUAUUUAUUGAGGGCUCAACCGGUGUAGUCUGGGAAGGCUUCAUGGUGGAGGCGGCCACUGGAGAUGGUGAGGCAGGUCAUUCCAGGCAGUGGGAAAGGAUGGAUCAUUUGCAAGGAGUGGCUGUGUUGGAUGAGAGAGGCCAUCCAGGAUGCCAGAUGUCACAUCACCAACUUUCAGGGUUAAUUUCUGUCUCCUUACCAUAGGGAUGAAUGUUCCCAUUUGAUAGAUGCAAUAAUAGGAUCAGAAAGGGUCAUCGGGGUUCUCAGGGUCUCUAAGGAGUCCAGGGCUUGGGAGGCUCUCUGUGAAGCUCCUGGGAUGCCCCCCCACCCAGCUCCAGGAAGUCCCCUGAGCACGCUCAUGUUUGGGAAGCUCUGGAAGAGUGGUGACCUGUCUCCUAGGAGCAGAAGCAGUGCCUCCCCCAUCUUUAGGACCUGGGUCUAGGGUCCUUUAGAGCCUCACCUGGGCAUAGGACUCCCAUUGUUCCAGCCCCCCUCUCGUACCCCAGACUAGCCAAACCGGUUCUGGGGAAGGGGGGCGGGGAGCAGGCACGUUGAGACAGCCGCUGCCUCUCCGCACGGUUCCCUCCUCCUUCACCUCCCCCUCCCCGCCCCACACAAUACCCAGGAGCUUGCCUUGCUGGGCUCUGGGGCCAUGCUGACAUGCUGACAUUGCCCCCUGAGGACUUGGCUGCAACCCCAGAGUCCCCAGGGUGCCCUGGAGCCCUGGACUGUGCUGGCAGCUGGACGGAGCUCCCUGGCUGAGGUAGGGCCCCACCUGGGUGCCAGCCAUCCCGUUCUCUUCCCGCCAGUUUUCCCCCCUGAGUGAUCCCUUUGUGCUGCCUGCCUGGUCUCUGAUCCUGGCCCUGACCCACUAUGGCCUUCUGGGGCUCUGUAAACCUUGUCUGGAUCCCCUUUCCAGCCAUGACCUCCCCCUUGGCUUUAUUCCUUCAAGGGCAGAGAGGCCCUGGGAGGGUCCCCACUCUUCUGGGCAGCAGGUCAAGAGGCACCUGGGGGGGGGGGGCAGGGAAAAGCCAGGCAUAGGAGGCCAGAAACGCUUUCCCUGACCAUGGUGGUGUUCAGGGACUCUCUCUGGUAGCCUUGCUAAGUGAGCCCAUCGUCCCCUGUAAUUAGCAGCGCCCGCCAAGGGUAUGCUCCUUGGCCCCUGCCCAUCCUUCUUGGCCCAGAGACCUUUAUGGUGAGACACGUUUCUUAGAGAGGGCAUCGGGUGGUGGUGGGGUCCCUUAAGAGCCACUUUACAGAUGGGAAUACUGAGGCCAAGGGUUGGGCUAUGACUUGCCUAAGGCCACACAGCUGGUCAGUGUCAACACUGAGCCUAGGAGCUUGGGUGAGGGUUAUUCUCUUCGGGCUCCACAAUGGCCCGUGCCUAGUAGAUACUAGAGUCUCUAUCCAGAGAUCAUGCCUGGGAAGGUCAUGUCCCCGCUGUCUGGGGCCAGUUCUCUUUCUGAGGUUUUUGUUUGCUUUUUCUAACAGAGAUGAGCUACACAUAAUAUGAACCCAGCUUCUCUCUCCAACCCAGCUUAUCUCUCUUAGCUCUCCAACAUUGAGGUUGGGUGGGCCAGAUCCCUGGAGGGCCACAGGGCUGGCAUCGCAGCUAGAUGGGUCAUUCUCAUUCCCCUUGGCCUGAGCGCAGGUGGAGGCUGACACACUCCUGACUUCCCUGCUGGGGACCUGCCUCCAGCUUCAUCUCCCUGGGAAGCCUUCUACGUCCCCUGUCCCCACAAUCACCUAGCCUUCUCCUCAGAGGCCUGAACUGGGGGUGCUCCUGCUGCAAAGCCUCAAUAUUUUGCUGACUUACCUCUGCAAAGGAUGGGCAGAAAGGUCCCUCCCUGCCCUCCAGGGACUUCCAGAACCCAAAUGCAAGAAUCUCCCAAAAUACGUGGGGGUAGGGGGCAUGUGUACAUGCUGCAUAUGUGUGCCCCCACAUAUGCAGGACGUGUGUGUCGAGGACUCCUGAUUCCUGCAGAGAAAGAGACCUGUCUGCGGGCAGGGGCCUCCUUCCGCACACUCCUGCAACGUCAUGUCUGUCUCAGCCUCGCUCCUUCCUCUUCCCCAUCGGCGUAAAGGACUGAGCCGCCUUCUGUCUAGAGAAAGACGGAUACAAAUACUACCCUAUUUGCCGGAUGAGGAAACUGAGGUUUAGGGAGACUUGCUCAAAUGGGCACUCUUCAGGCUAGAGGGACAGAGGCUGACGGUACAAGCCUGAGUGGCCGCUGUAGAGCGGGCCCCUUUGGAGCAGCUGUCCCCUUCUUCCCACCCACCCAGGCGGUGGCAGUGAAGGGAGCAGGGAGAAGCAGUUGAGAAGCUGUGCAGAGAGACUGGGGCCUGCCACAGACCGAGCCAUCUCUCGCUGGGUCCUCUUCUCCCUCCCUCCCUCCAGCAGCGACUGACACAAUCACCGCUCAGGCCAAGGCUUUCUCUGGUUUGAUGAAUCAAACUCUUUGUCUGGGUGGGAUCUCCCCCAGCCGGCUGGGCAGAGAGAGGGCUUCCCCUGCCGGAGCAGCCAAGCAGCAUCAGCAAGCGGGCCUGGGCCUGGAGAGGUGAGGGGCUGCAGGAGGGAGGCUGGCAGAGGGCCACAGGGCAAAGGUUGUCGGGACUUGGGCCUCUCAGAUCAUCAGCCCUGUCCUGAUCGCAAAGCUACCUCCCAGGGAUAACAUCCCGCCCAGAAAGGACCCAUCCAGCCUGGCCACCCAGGGCUGGAAGCUGGGGUGAGGAAUAACCCCUCUUUCACUCCAAUCCUGGGGGCUGGGGCAUCUCCCUGAACUUCUCCGGGAGAGCCCCAGACUGGGUGGUGGCCUGCCUGCCAGUCCGUAACCCUCCCAGCCAGCUUGGCAUGGGUGUGGGCACCGCUCAGUGCCGAAGGCCACAACUCUGGGUAAGGGUCGGGGUAGGGGGGGAGAAACAUCAAAGCAAGGACCUGUGGGCUGGUGUGUGUGCAUCCUGGGGUGUGCGUGUGAAGGGAAGAGGAGGUUGAGAAAUCGUGGGUGCCUCUGUAAAUAUCGGCCGGGUCGGCGUGUUUGUGAGGAAGUGUCUGUGUGAAUGUAUGCGGCCGUGUAAAAAAGUGUGUGUCUGUGAAUGUGUGAGCCUGAGUUUGAAAUGUCUGUGUCUAUCAACAUGUACGUGUCAUUCUAUACUUGGGAGAAAAUGCAGUGUGGAUGUACAUACUGGGACAUGGAUUUGUGUGACAAUGUAUGUAUUUACAUAUCUGGUGACAUGUCAGUGUGUGUUGGAGAAGGUACAAGGUGGGUAAAGACACUGAUUUGAAAGCUGGAAUGGCUGGGUUAGAAUCCUGGCUCCACCAUUUACCAAAUAACCUCUCUGUGCCUCACUUUCCCCACCUAUAAAAUGGGGAUAAUAAGAGCAUCAACUCACAGGGUUGUUUUGAGGACUAAAUGAGAUACGAUGUGUAAAGUGCUUGGCCUAUCAUUCAGGCAAUGCCAAGCAAGUAUCAGCUAUUCCUGUAUAAUUAGACGUGUGAGUGUAUUUGUGCAGAUGCGUGCCCACAAGUGUACACAGGGGUUUGUCCAGGACUCCAGGGGAGUGGCUGACUGGCCAGCCCCAGUAUCCUCUGUCUGGGUCUGAUAUCUUCUCUUCUGCAGGCCCAGGUGGGUGGCAGAGCAAAGGAGGAAUGGACUGUGGGCCACCUGCUACCCUCCAGCCCCACCUGACUGGGCCACCUGGCACUGCCCGCCGCCCUGUAGCUGUGUGCCAGCAGGAGAGUCUGUCCUUUACAGAGCUGCCUGCCCUGAAGCCCCUGAGCCCAGUGUGUCUGGACCUUUUCCCUGUGGCCCCAGAGGAGCUUCGGGUUCCAGGCAGCCGCUGGUCCCUGGGGACCCCUGCCCCUCUCCAAGGGUUGCUAUGGCCAUCAUCCCCAGGAGGCUCAGAUACAGAGAUCUCCAGUGGGGCGAUGAGGCCCAGCAGGGCUGGCAGCUGGCCACACUGUCCUGGUGCCCAGCCCCCAGCUCUGGAGGGACCCUGGGGUCCCCAGCACCCACAGCCACAGCGCCGGGCCAGCCAUGGCUCGGAGAAGAAGUCUGCCUGGCGCAAGAUGCGGGUGUACCAGCGUGAAGAGGUCCCCAGCUGCCCUGAGGCCCACCCUGUCUUCCUGGAGCCUGGUCAGGCAGUGCAAGAGCAGGCCCUGAGCACAGAGGAGCCCAGAUCGCUGGAACUGCCUGGAUCCACCCGAGUGAGCCUCGAGGGUCCUGAGCGGAGGCGAUUCUCAGCCUCCGAGCUGAUGACCCGGCUGCACUCUUCUCUGCGCCUGGGGCGGAAUUCAGCAGCCAGGGCACCCAUCUCCGGCUCAGGCACUGGAGCAGUCCGGGAAGGGAAAGCAUCUGGAAUGGAGGGGCGAAGUGUAGAGACGAGUGGGGACGGAGUGUCACGGCUAGCCCCUGGUGACUCAAGAGAGGGCCAUGGUCGUUGGCACGAGCCCAGGCUAGACAUGCAGGAAGAGCUGCCUUUGGGGUCCAGGAGCACCAACGAGCGGCGCCAGUCUCGAUUCCUCCUUAAUUCCGUCCUCUAUCAGGAAUACAGCGACGUGGCCAGCGCCCGCGAACUGCGGCGGCAGCAGCGGGAGGAGGAGGGCCCGGGGGACGAGGCCGAGGGCUCGGAGGAGGGGCCGGGGCCGCCGCGCGCCAACCUCUCCCCUAGCAGCUCCUUCCGGGCGCAGCGCUCGGCGCGAGGCUCCACCUUCUCGCUGUGGCAAGACAUCCCCGACGUGCGCGGCAGCGGCGUCCUGGCCACGCUGAGCCUGCGGGACUGCAAGCUGCAGGAGGCCAAGUUUGAGCUGAUCACGUCCGAGGCCUCCUACAUCCACAGCCUCUCGGUGGCUGUGGGUCACUUCCUGGGCUCUGCCGAGCUGAGCGAGUGUCUGGGGGCACAGGACAAGCAGUGGCUGUUUUCUAAACUGCCCGAGGUCAAGAGCACCAGCGAGAGGUUCCUGCAGGACCUGGAGCAGCGGCUGGAGGCAGAUGUGCUGCGCUUCAGCGUGUGCGACGUGGUGUUGCAGCACUGCCCGGCCUUCCGCCGAGUCUACCUGCCCUAUGUCACCAACCAGGCCUACCAGGAGCGCACCUACCAGCGCCUGCUCCUGGAGAACCCCAGGUUCCCUGGCAUCCUGGCUCGCCUGGAGGAGUCCCCCGUGUGCCAGCGUCUGCCCCUUACCUCCUUCCUCAUCCUGCCCUUCCAGAGGAUCACUCGCCUCAAGAUGUUGGUGGAGAACAUCCUGAAGCGGACAGCACAGGGCUCUGAAGACGAAGACAUGGCCACUAAGGCCUUCAACGCGCUCAAGGAGCUGGUGCAGGAGUGCAAUGCUAGCGUGCAAUCCAUGAAGAGGACAGAGGAACUCAUCCACCUAAGCAAGAAGAUCCACUUUGAGGGCAAGAUUUUCCCGCUGAUCUCUCAGGCCCGCUGGCUGGUUCGGCACGGGGAGCUGGUCGAGCUGGCACCACUGCCUGCAGCACCCCCUGCCAAGCUGAAGCUGUCCAGCAAGGCCGUCUACUUACACCUCUUUAAUGACUGCUUGCUGCUCUCCCGGAGGAAGGAGCUAGGGAAGUUUGCCGUUUUCGUCCAUGCCAAGAUGGCUGAGCUGCAGGUACGGGACCUGAGCCUGAAGCUGCAGGGCAUCCCUGGCCACGUGUUCCUUCUCCAGCUCCUCCACGGGCAACACACGAAGCACCAGUUCCUGCUGAGGGCUCGGACGGAAAGUGAGAAGCAGCGAUGGAUCUCAGCCUUGUGCCCCUCCAGCCCCCAGGAGGACAGGGAGAUCAUCAGUGAGGGGGAAGAUCGUCCCCAGGUUCAGUGUGUUAGGACAUACAAGGCACUGCAGCCAGAUGAGCUGACCUUGGAGAAGACUGACAUCCUGGCAGUGAGGACCUGGACCAGUGACGGUUGGCUGGAAGGGGUCCGCCUGGCAGAUGGUGAGAAGGGGUGGGUGCCCCAGGCCUAUGUGGAAGAGAUCAGCAGCCUCAGCGCCCGCCUCCGAAACCUCCGCGAGAAUAAGCGAGUCACGAGUGCCACCAGCAAACUGGGGGAGGCCCCUGUGUGAGGGGCAGCCAUGGCCUGGGACCCCACCUCCAUGCCCAGCUCCUGGAUGGUCCUGGAGGGGCCUGCGGUGUCUCCACUGCUCCCCAAGCUGCUGCUGCUGGCACUUCGCUUCUGUGGCCUUGACAUUGAGGGCACAGGCUGGACACAGGAAUGGGGGUGCCUCCAGAGGGUCUCUGUCCUCAUGCUCCUCAGUGUCCACACUUCAAGGCCAAGGGCAGUUUCUUCCUCCGACAUGGGGACCAUAACAGGGGAUCACUGAUACCUGGCAGGGACUGCGGCCCUCUCCAUUCUGCACGCUCAAUCCUGCCUGACUCUUGGUCCUUCCCCAGGCAGGGACCUGGCUGGGGAGCGUCCUGGUGCUGGUGGUGCUGGGACCUAUAUAUAUUUAUGUAUAUCUGGGGUCUUGUCUACCACCUCCCCUAGCCAGAGGCCGAGUGGGUGCUGGUUGCUGUGUCUUGUCUGUAAAUAAACUCUCAUGCCUUUGCUUGGA